AUGGCCAAUCAGGGAGGCGGUGGAGGAGCAACUAUGUACCAUGGGUUAGAUCGCUUUCAGAGGAACAACCCACCUACCUUCAAAGGGGGUUAUGAUCCUGAGGGUGCUGAGGCUUGGCUGAGGGAGAUUGAGAAGAUCUUUCGUGUGAUGGAAUGUCAGGACCAUCAAAAGGUGUUGUUUGCUACUCACAUGCUAGCAAAUGAGGUGGAGUACUGGUGGGAGAACACUCGCCCACGUCUAGAGGGAGCAGGUGGUGUUGUUGUUCAAUGGGAGACCUUCAGACAAACUUUUUUGGAGAAGUAUUUUCCAGAAGAUGUGAAGAAUAGGAAGGAGAUGGAGUUUCUCGAGCUGAAACAGGAAAGUAUGACGAUGGCAGAGUAUGCGACGAGGUUUGAGAACCUUGUAAGGUAUUUUCCUCAUUAUCAGGGGGAAGCAGGGGAGAGGUCUAAGUGUGUGAAAUUUGUCAAUGGCCUCCGACCAGAAGUAAAGAUGAAGGUGAAUUAUCACGGUAUUCACAGCUUUGCACAGUUGAUCAACAUGUGUAGAAUCUUUGAUGAAGAUCAGCGUGAAACGACUGCUUUCUACAACAAUGUCAAUGCUAGUCAUGGGAAAGAGAAGAAGCAUGUGACUCACAGUCAUGCUAAGUCAUAUUCUGUCCCUCCCGGGAAAUAUGGAAACCAUUCUGGGGGACAGAGGACCAGCGGAGGACUUCAACCAGUUGGUGGGAGUUCUCAGCCAAUUAACAGGGUGUCUCAGCCUGCGGGUAGAGGUAGUGGUGGUAGUGGUGCUCCUGCUAUUGUUACUACACCACUUAGGUGUGGGAAGUGUGGUCAGCUUGGGCAUAUUGCUCGUGAGUGCACAGAUAGAGAGGUGACUUGCUUUAACUGCCAAGGGAGAGUGUUUGCUCUUAGUGGUGUUGAUGCCGCACAGUCUGAUGAACUUAUCCAAGGUGAUAUGUUUUUGUCUGCUAACCAAGUUGAGGCAUCUUUAAGGGAGGAUGCACAGGUAUACAUGAUCUUAGCUAGUAUAAGUGUUGAGACCAAAACCCCUGUGAGUGAUAUACCAAUUGUGAGAGAGUUUCCAGAGGUGUUUGAGGAGGUGUCAGGAUUACCACCUGAGAGAGAGGUCGAGUUCUCUAUAGACCUAGUGCCUGGUACUGGACCCAUAUCCAUAGCACCUUAUAGGAUGUCCCCUGUAGAGUUGAGUGAGCUUAAGAAACAGUUAGAGGAAAUCUUAGAGAAACAGUUUGUGAGGCCUAGUGUGUCACCCUGGGGAGCACUGGUGUUGUUAGUUAAGAAGAAGGAUGGGACUAUGAGGCUAUGUGUAGAUUAUCGUCAGUUGAAUAAGGUAACGAUUAAGAAUAGGUACCCUUUGCCUAGGAUAGAUGACCUGAUGGAUCAAUUAGUAGGGGCUUGUGUGUUCAAUAAGAUAGAUCUUAGGUUCGGUUACCACCAGAUUAGAGUGAAGCCUGAAGAUGUUCCGAAGACUGCCUUUAGGACCCGCUACGGUCAUUAUGAGUACUUGGUUAUGCCUUUUGGUGUGACCAACGCCCCUGGUGUGUUCAUGGAUUAUAUGAAUAGGAUCUUUCACCCCUACCUAGAUAGUUUUGUAGUGGUCUUCAUAGAUGAUAUCUUGGUAUAUUCCAAGACUAAAGAGGAACAUGAGGAGCAUCUGAGAGUUGUGUUGCAAACCCUCAAAGACAAUAGACUGUAUGCUAAGUUGUCCAAGUGUGAUUUUUGGCUAGAGGAGGUGAGCUUCUUAGGGCACGUUAUAUUUAGGGGAGGGAUAGCAGUAGAUCCUUCCAAGGUAGAGGCGGUGAUGAGUUGGGAGAGUCCUAAGUCAGUGUUUGAGAUUAGGAGCUUUCUUGGCUUAGCAGGAUACUACCGUAGAUUCAUAGAGGGUUUUCUAAGCUAG